CUUUUCUAAUGGCGAAUAAAAGUUAAAACGUCAAAUGCAUUAGUCACCUUUUUUUAUUUAUUUACCGUUUUGUUUCGGCUUAAUUUCCUUAAAUUCGGUUAAAUUUACGAUUGCGUUGUGUUAUUUGGUGAUAAUUUUUGCAUUUAAUCAUCAUCCAUUUUAGUCAAGAUAAGUGUUUAUCUCAAUUGUUCUUUUGUUGUAGUGUGGGUUUUAAUCUCAUUGCGAAAUGGAAAAUCCUUCUGGAAGUCGUGCCCCCAAUAAACUGGAGCAAACUCAAGCUCAAGUCAAUGAAGUCGUGGGGAUUAUGCGAGUCAACGUCGAGAAAGUUCUUGAAAGGGACCAGAAAUUGUCGGAAUUGGAUAGCCGGGCCGACGCCUUGCAAGAAGGGGGCAAAAGGUUCGAGCAACAAGCGCAGAAAUUGAAGCGCAAGUACUGGUGGAAGAACUUGAAAAUGAUGAUUAUUUUGGGAGUUAUUGGUUUGGUGAUUUUGAUAAUCAUCAUUGUGUCAAUUUCGAACUCAGUGGGCAGCAGCAACACCACCAAAUCGGUUGAAUCUACACCGUCUUCCAAUCCUUAAAAAUUUACUUUGUAUAAAAAAAACACGUGGAAGUGCCUUGGGUUUAAAGCACAAGAUAUAAAUAUUUAGUUGUAUGUUAAAUAUUUAAAAAUAUUUUAUUAUAGUUCAGUAUUGUGAUGUUUCAAUAUAUUUUCUUUGAUGUA